AUGACAAAGUGGCUACAGGAGUACAAUGAUUCCAAAAAGGGUACGCCUGCCUCCGUGAAGAAGUACCUCCUCUUCUAUGUCCUCUGCAUAAUAGUGUUUGUUCUUAACGCUUGGUUGAGAGCAUCCUGGUCUCCGGUGGCUUUCAUCUUCACCAACUCCAACCACACCACCCAAAUCCAACCCAACGUGACCGUCCUGCUGUGGUACUGGCCCUUCAAUCAGGUGGAGGACCUCCACGGGGACGUGUGCUGGGACCUCUACCGGAUCCCGCGCUGCAGAGUCGUGGCGGAGAGGUCCUCAUUUUCAGAGGCUGACGUGGUGGUGUUCCACAACCGAGAGCUGGUGACGGGAAAAGAGAAACUGCCCUUGGAGCUCCCUAGGCCGCCAGGCCAGAGGUGGGCUUGGCUGUCCCUGGAGUCCCCUGCAAACAAUGGAGACCUGAGACGAUUUGCAGGUGUCUUCAACCUCACUGUGAGCUACAGGAGGGACGCAGAUGUUAGCACACCAUACGGCAAGCUCCUACCACGAGCUUCCGAAGAGCCAGUGAACGACAUCCCCCAGAAUAAAACCGAUCUGGUCUGCUGGGUGGUCAGCAACUACAGGAGAUCCUACAGAAGAAGCAAAGUGUACCAAAAACUCAGCACAGUCGUCCCCGUGAAGGUCUACGGAAGAUGGACAAACACUCCCCUUAAACCUAAAGACCUUCUUCCCACCAUCUCUCGCUGCUACUUCUACUUGGCCUUUGAGAACUCUAUCUCCAAAGACUACAUCACCGAGAAGCUGUGGAGGAACGCUUACCAAUCCGGGGCGGUUCCGGUCGUCCUGGGACCGCCAGUCCAGGAUUACGAGGCUGUGGCGGCACCACACUCUUUCAUCCACGUUGACAAGUUUCCUUCGGCGAAAGUGCUGGGUAAGUAUCUGCAGAAGCUGGCGGGCGACGCCGAGCGCUAUGGCAAGUAUCAACGAUGGAGGAGAGAAUGGAAGGCAAAGUCAUAUGAGGGCUGGCGAUGGGUGCUGUGUCAGAUCUGCGUGCAGUACCACAGCUUCCCUCGGCACAAGGUCUACGCUGACCUGGCAGCCUGGGAUGGCACUGCUACUACGUGA